AUGGCCGAGCUUUUUCGUGACACAGUGGCGGGACAUUUACUGCGCUUCGUGACAGGAAAGAAGCUCCUUCCAUUCGCAGAAGAGGCGGACCCCGACAUCUGGACUCACUAUAUCGACGAGAAGAAAUCUGGCCACCUUGCUCACCAUGGCGACACCAGCCCGCCAGAAGACAGCUCGAGCUUGGACGAACUGGAGGGGGUUCGAACACGGGAGAACCAGUCCUCGAGGCGCUGGCAAUCGUACAACUCAAGAGCCAGCACGCAGAACAUGAACGCAGCGAGUGGUGCGAAGGUAGAUCCGGAAAAAGGCAAGGAUAUCCAUCUAGUGUCGUGGUAUGGGGACAAGGACCCAGAGAACCCUCAGAACUGGAGCACCUUCAAGAAGGUCUUCGUGACCUUCGAGAUCUGUCUGUUGACGAUCUCGGUAUACAUUGGCUCAGCGAUCUACUCCUCCGGCACCGAAUCCGUCAUGGCCACUUUCGGCGUCAGCAGAGUAGCCGCAACCCUAGGCUUGACGCUGUUCGUCGCAGGUUACGGUGUUGGCCCCAUGCUCUGGUCCCCCAUGUCCGAAAUCCCCCAGGUCGGCCGCAACCCCGUCUACAUACUCACCCUCGUUGUCUUCGUCGCCUUCCAGCCCGGCGUCGCGCUCGCAAAAAACUUUGGCAUGAUGCUCGCCUUCCGCUUCUUGACCGGUUUCUUCGGCUCUCCAGUCCUAGCGACCGGCGGCGCCUCGCUCGCGGAUAUUUGGUCUCCUGCCAAACGCGCGUACGCGAUGUCGAUCUGGGGUAUUGCGGCUGUCAGCGGACCUGUCAUGGGACCUGUUGUGGGAGGCUUUUGCGUUCAGUACGGUCCGAUCUUCGGAGGGUUUACGGCACCGUGGACGUGGCCGAUUUGGGUGUUGAUGUGGUUGUCGGGGUUCUGUUUGGUCUUUCUGUUCUUUUUCUUCCCGGAGACCUCGGCGAACAAUAUCCUUGUCCGACGAACAAAGCGCCUGCGCAAAAUCACGGGUGACCACAAGCUGAAGUGCGAGCCGGAACUCAUGUCGGAGCAGAUGUCAACGAAUGAUAUUGUCAUGAUGAGUUUGGUCCGGCCCUUUACUCUCAAUUUCCAGGAGCCUAUGGUCUUCUUGCUCAAUCUCUACAUCGCCCUCAUCUACGGCCUCCUCUACAUCUGGUUCGAGUCUUUCGUCGCCGUCUUCGUCGGCGUCUACGGUUUCACCUUGAGCCAGGAAGGCCUAUCCUUCCUCGGUAUCUUCAUCGGAGCCCUCAUCGUCAUCCCGCCGUUCUUCCUGUACCUCAGAUACCAUCUUGAACCGCAAUUCGACGAGAACGGCGAGCUGCAGCCCGAGAAGCGGUUGCCCCCGGCUUUCGUGGGAGCUUUCUGCAUCCCAAUCUGUCUCUUCUGGUUCGGCUGGUCCGCCCGCCCUUCCGUCCACUGGAUCGUGCCCAUCGUCGGCUCCGGCUGGUUCUCCAUCGGCGCUUUCCUCCUCUUCAACUCCGUCCUCAACUACCUCCCCGACGCCUACCCGGAAUACGCCGCCUCUGUCCUCGCGGGCAACGAUCUCUUCAGGAGUUCUUUUGGUGCCGGAUUCCCACUGUUCGCGAGCGCGAUGUACAAUGAUCUGGGCAUCGCGUGGGCGAGCAGUACGUUGGCGUUCUUGAGCAUUGCGUUUAUCCCGAUUCCGUUUCUGUUGUAUAAGUAUGGGGCGACUUUGAGGAAGAAUCAUUCGAAGUUUGCGAGGAGGGAUUUGUAG